AUGAAAGACUACGAUGUGGAGAUCUAUCACCAUCCAGGCAAAACUAACAUAAUAGUAGACACGUUGAGUCGAAAGAUUACCAGAAGUUUGGCAUAUACCUGCGUUCCUCGGAAGAUCAAUGAACUGCUUGCCAACAUAAUUGUGGAACCCGCGUUGAUUGAAGAAAUUAGAGCACGCCAAUGCGAAGACAAACUUUUGCAGAAAAAGUAUGAGGAGCAAAGAAGUAUGCCUGAUCCUGACUUCACUCUAAGUAAUGAGAUGCUAAAAUUUUGGAAUCGAAUUUGUGUACCCGACCUUCCAAAACUCAAAAAGAAGAUAUUGGUAGAAGCUCAUAGCUCGAGGUUUGCGAUCCACCCUAGUAAUACGAAGAUGUAUCAUGAUCUGAAGGAACGCUUCUGGUGGACAGGAAUGGAAAAAGACAUAGCAAGCCACGUCUCCAAAUGCCUGCAUUGUCAACGGGUUAAAGUAGAACAUUAG